ACCCAAACUCCUAAAGCCAUUUCAAAACCAACUCAAAUUCGAAGAAAAUUAGUUGAAGUAGAUAUGGAAAUGGGUUUCGUCAAGUUCCUGUUCCUUUUUGUCUUCCUUCUUUUCGCCCUUGAUGGUGGUAAGGCGGCGGACAUGUCGGCGGAGUGUAAUGACGACCUCCAGAAGUUGAUGACGUGUCUGAACUUUGCGCAGGGGAAGGUGGCGACGCCGACAAAGGAGUGUUGUGAUUCGGCUACGAGUAUUAAGGACAAGGAUCCCAAGUGCUUGUGCUAUAUCAUUCAGCAGAUGCAGAGCGGCAGCGAUACGCUGAAGAGCAUGGGUGUGCAGACAGCGAAGCUGCUUCAGCUCCCUUCCGCUUGCCAGUUGAAGAACGCUAGCAUCUCUAACUGCCCCAAACUUCUAGGCCUAUCUCCGGGCUCACCAGAAGCCGCCAUCUUCACAAACAUCUCCUCCUUAGCGCCACCGACUACGGCUUCUCCAGUAACAGGAUCAUCUGCGGCGGACACAACUUCGGCAUCAAGUAGGACCCAACACGGAUCCUACAUCGCCUGCCCUGUGGUUCUGGUUGCUGUGGCCAUCCUUUUCCAUGCAUUGCCAGCUGGGUCGGCCACUUUGUUUUAGCUUUAAGCCUCUCUGAAGAAUGAACAACACUUACGGCUGUCUGCUUCUUUCUUGUUUUGUCCAAACUUUCAAGACUUCUUUACCCUUACCAUUCCAGUUGUAUUAUGGUAUCUUACUCUUUACAAAACUUAUCUAUGGUUAUUUGCUAGCUCUAUCUUUUUAAGUUUCAAGCUUUCACAUCCUAUUUUCAUCAUAUUCA